UUACUUUGAAAGUUGUCUUUUCCCUCUGGUUAGCGCCUUAGAGACAUGUCCACGUCUAGGUCCAGCUGCUACCUUUAGACUGACUGUGGGGAAACCAUGAGUGGAAAAGCGCGAGACAAAGUGGUGACAUCGGGAAGACUAACAGGAAAAGUUAAAGUGAGCCGAGAGCCUCCAGAUAGAGGACGUCCACCCCAACCUCAGCCCAACUACUCUCUCUACUCCACAGACUCAGAGGACCAGGUCACCACACUGCAUAGGGGCCUGGACAAAUGUGCUGCCUUGCUCAGUGGCAUUCUUAUGGCAGACGAAGCAGCAUCAGCAGGUCUUCAGAGAACCCCAAAGAAAGUAACGAGCAAACCAAGAUCCUCCAGUUUCCAAGGAAAAAAGCCUGGAAAGAAAUUCCCAGCGAAGGCAGGUACUCCAGCUCUUUUAAGAAUUGUAAAGGGUGGCGCAAUCAAAUCAAGAGGAUCCACCUCCCAGGGGAAGGCGAGUGAAAAGAAACCGGCCAUAAAAUCAGCUGAUGCUCAGAGUUCAGAACGGUGCCAACCAGCAGCCGCCCAUAGCUUCACCCCUCCGGCUCCACACUCCGGAGUGAAGCUUCAUCCUCCUCAGAAACCAACCCUGCCUGUUCAGUCUCUGUCUGCGGGUUGUCAGACGUCUGCGCACCAGUCUGCCUCCGUACCUCCUUCACAGCGGUCCGGCGCAGUGCUGAGGGAUCAGAACCAUUCCUGCUCUGCAUCUGCAGCAUGUGAUGGGAAGGACGAGUGUGUUCCUAUGGGAGAUGCUGAUGGUGCAGCCGGCUGCAUCCUGACGGAGGGCUGCUGCAGGGAGGAGAUGCUCCACUCUCUGCUGGAAGAAGUCCGGGCUCUGAUCGCUGGACAAGACAAUCAGAACCCUGAGCUCUGCAGGUAUGCCAUCAUUUCCCUUCAUGCUCUACUCACCCAUGGCUUCAGACACACAUCUACCCUGAAAUGUGUGUGUUUCCGUGUGAAGAAUUGGCAUAAGAAGGUGGAGGAACCUCAGAAAUGCGAGAUACUAAUUUCUUCAGAAGAACCAAGCCUCGAACAGGAAGUCAUCUCUGCCCAGUCCAGCCUUCAGCAACUCCAGGACGACCUCACGGAGCUACGGGAAGCUCUUCAGGACACACGGAGCCGGCUGAGGGACACCGAGGCAGAGAAGGCCCUCAUAAAGACAGAGUUGGAGGCGGCUAGAAACCUGCUGCUGGAGAGCGAGCGAGAGAAGAUUGAGCUAGAAUCAGUCGCUCAGCUAAGACUGAAGGAAAUCAAACUUCUUAGAAGGCUCCUUCAGAGUCACUGUUCAUCAAAACCUAUGGAUGUCCAGAACUCAUUGUCCCUCACAAAGCAGUAUUUUGGCCAACAAAAUCAAGUAGUGGCAUCCACUGACCGCAUCAAGGAAUACCUGACCUCCCUUAACCAGGGGGAGCCCCCAUACACCGAGAGUCUGCAUGUUGCUGCAGAACGAGAAGAAACCUCAAAAGUCAGCGGAACAAAUCAAAGAGAGCAAUGUGUUAAGACAUUACCUCGUCACCAGGAUCAUCAUCAUCACCCCAGCCUAUCCGUCUCUGAGGAUGUCCCGCCGUGUGAGGUGGAGUCUGUGUGGUCCAACUGGAGCAUAAAAUCAGAGUCGACCUUUAACACCAGAGAUGAGGCGGCAUUCAGAGAUGGCCUGGCAGCUCUGGACGCUAGCAUAGCCAAUCUGCAGAAAACCAUUCAACUGGAUCUGAGGAAGUGACCAGACGGCCUCCACGUCUCUACAGCUUGGUGUUUGACCUUUUUAAUAUAUGACCUGAACACACUCCAAGCUUCCGGAGCGAGCCGCCUUGUGAAUGGGAGCCUCACCGACACAGUCCUGAGAACAGAGGAUGUGGAUC